AUGGCUUCCACCGUCACCGUCCUUCCCGCCGGCCUCCCACGGUCGCAACCACCACCACCUCCCCUCCAUACCUCUCAUCGACACCUCAACCCACUGACCGCAAACCUGGCACUCUCCUCCGGCCACCCCUCCGACGCGGCGUCGCUCCUCGCCGCUGCCGCGCGCACCGGCGACCUCCGUCUCGGCCGCGCGCUCCACCGCCGUCUCCUCCGCACCGAAUUCCUCGACACGGACGCCGUGGUCGCCAACUCCCUUCUCACUAUGUACUCCAAGUGCGGCCACGUGAGUGCCGCGCGCAGGGUGUUUGACGGAAUGCGCGGCCUGCGGGACCUCGUCUCCUGGACUGCCAUGGCCUUCUGCCUCGCGCGAAACGGCCAGGAACAUCAAGCCCUGCUCCUCCUCGGCGAGAUGCUCGAGUCAGGACUCCGGCCGAAUGCCUUCACGCUGUGCGCUGCGGCUCGCGCCUGCUUCCCCAGGGAGCUCUUCCACUCGGCUGGUGCUGCGGUCCUUGGGCUAGUACUCAAGACGGGGUUCUGGGGCACCGACGUCUCAGUAGGCUGCGCCUUGAUUGAUAUGUUCGCGAGGAACGGGGACCUGGUGGCAGCAAGAAGCGUGUUCAAUGGGCUGAUCGAGAGGACAGUGGUCGUCUGGACGCUGCUGAUAACACGGUACGUGCAGGGUGGGUGCACAGGUAAGGCGGUCGAAUUAUUUCUUGGUAUGCUGGAAGCCGGUUUUGAGCCGGAGGGAUACACCAUGAGCAGUAUGGUUUCGGCGUGCGCAGAGUUGGGAUCAGUUAGAUUAGGGCUGCAACUGCAUUCUCUAGCACUCCGGCUGGGCCUGGUAUCUGAUAGCUGCGUGAGCUGUGGACUUGUGGACAUGUAUGCAAAACUGCAUAUGGAACAGUCUAUGGAACAUGCAAGCAAGGUCUUUGAACGGAUACCCAGGCGUAACGUGGUGUCCUGGACAGCGCUGAUAUCAGGGUAUGUGCAAUGUCGAGCACAGGUAAACAAUGUGAUGGAGCUCUUCUGUGAAAUGUUGAAUGAGAGCAUCAAACCAAACCACAUGACAUAUUCUAGUGUUCUCAAGGCAUGUGCAAACUUUUCUGAUCAAGAUUCAGGCCGACAAAUUCAUGCCCAUGUUGUGAAAACCAGCAUAGCAGAUGUAAAUGUCGUUGGGAAUGCUCUGGUGAGCAUGUAUGCUGAAUCGGGUUGCAUGGAGGAGGCUAGAAAAGCGUUCAACCAGCUUUAUGAAAGGAACAUACUUUCUAUCAGUUCUGAUGAUAUUGGUGGAACUCAGAGGAGAAAUGCCUCUUGGAGCCCUCAGACGGAGACCAUGGACAUCGGAGUCAGCACCUUCACAUUUGCUAGCCUGCUUAGUGCUGCCGCCAAUUUAGGAUUGCUAACCAAAGGUCAGCAACUGCAUGCGCUUUCAGUGAAAUCAGGCUUUGGGUCUGACAAAGGUGUAAGCAACUCCCUUGUUUCCAUGUAUUCUAGGUGCGGAUACUUGGAAGAUGCUUGUCGAGCAUUUGAUGAAAUGAAAGAUCAUAAUGUUAUCUCAUGGACUUCAAUAAUCAGUGGCUUAGCUAAACAUGGGUACGCAAAACGAGCGCUGACAUUGUUCGAUAACAUGAUCUUGGCUGGUGUAAAACCAAAUGAUGUCACAUACAUUGCUGUGUUAUCUGCCUGUAGCCAUGUUGGUCUCGUGAAAGAAGGGAAGGAAUACUUCAAAUCAAUGCAGAAGGAUCACGGACUCAUACCGAGGAUGGAACAUUAUGCUUGCAUGGUGGAUCUGCUUGCACGAUCAGGUCUUGUUCAAGAAGCCCUGGAGUUCAUUUACGAAAUACCCUGUAAAGCAGAUGCAUUGGUGUGGAAGACUCUUCUCGGUGCUUGCAGGACUUAUGACAAUUUUGAGAUCGGUGAAAUUGCUGCUAAUCAUGUCGUAGAUCUUGAUCCGCUAGAUCCAGCUCCAUAUGUCCUGCUCUCAAACUUGUACGCUCAUGCUGGUUUAUGGGAUGAAGUUGCAAGAAUAAGGUGUCUGAUGCGAGACAAGAACUUGAGUAAGGAAACUGGCUUGAGUUGGAUGGAUGUUGGAAAUACUAUUCAUGAGUUUCGAGCUGGUGACACCAGCCAUCCCCAAGCACAACAGAUCUAUGCCAAGUUGGCCGCGUUGAUCACAGAAAUCAAAGACAUGGGCUAUGUACCAGACACAAGCAUUGUUCUCCAUGACAUGUCGGAUGAGCUUAAAGAGCAGUAUCUGCUUCAGCACAGCGAGAAGAUUGCUGUCGCAUUUGGUUUGAUUACUACAUCAGGUACAAAACAAAUAAGGAUAUUUAAGAAUCUUCGUGUCUGUGCAGACUGUCAUUCUGCAAUCAAAUAUAUCUCUAAAUCCACUGGAAGGGAGAUAAUAUUGAGAGAUAGCAACAGGUUCCAUAGAAUGAAAGAUGGGAAAUGCUCAUGCGGUGAAUACUGGUGAGCUGUGAAUGAUGAUUGAUGAGCUCCGUGGGUUGGGUUUUUACCUAAAAAGAAAUUCUAGGUUUCUGACCCAGUAGGCCCCUUUUGCUAGUAAGUACUAACUGAUUUCAUUUGCUUAGCUUUUCAAAAUCAUUGUUUAUGCAAAGCAUUAACUACUGUUUCUGUAUAGUUAGUUUAUCUUAAAAUUGUAGACCAUGCACAUUGUACAGUUACAUGAACAAU